AUGGAUCAGUCUAAUAACAUGCCUACUCUUAUGCUUUCUUCAGUAAAACUAACAUUGCAGAGUUCAGAUAAUUUUGAAGAUCCAGCCUUAUAUCGUUCAAUUGUAGGUGGAUUUCAAUAUGUCACUUUGACAUACCUAAAAAUUGCCUUUGCUGUGAACAAAGUUAGUCAGUUUAUGCAUGCUCCUAAAUUUCAUCAUUGGAAGGCGGUUAAACGCAUAUCGCGUUAUCUAUCAGGUAAGAUUGAUCAUGGCAUACAGUUCACCAAAUCUUCUUAUCUUCGCCUUCUUGCAUUUGCAAAUGCGGAUUGGACCACCGAUCUUGAUGAUAGAUGCUCAACCAGUGGCUAUUGCAUCUUCCUUAGCACAAAUCCUAUCUUCUGGAGUAGUAGAAAGCAACAAGUGGUGAGUCGUUUUUCUACAGAAGCUAAGUAUCGUUGCUUGACAGACACGACAGCUGAACUUGCUUGGAUUCAAAAGCUGCUUUGUGAACUAAAAGUGUCGUCUCUAGUUGCUCCAACCUUGAAGUUGAUCUUCAUUUUGUGA